CUAUUUUAUAUCUGUAUGACACAGGAUGAUUCAUAUCUGGACAGCUAUAUUAGCACAAUCGGAGUUGAUUUUAAAAUUCGCACAGUCGAGCAGGAUGGGAAGACCAUUCAACUUCAAAUUAAAGCUGAUUGCAUUAGGACAAUUACUAGUAGCUACUACCGUGGGGCACAUGGAAUUAUGAUAGUUUAUGAUGUGACAGACCAAGAGAGCUUCAACAAUGUUAAGCAGUGGUUUAAUGAAAUUGAUCGUUAUGCUAGUGAGAAUGUAAACAAGCUUCUUGUUGGUAACAAGGCUGACCUCACUGCUAACAAAGUUGUGUCUUAUGAAACAGCUAAGGCGUUUGCGGAUGAGAUUGGGAUCCCUUUCAUGGAGACUAGUGCAAAAAAUGCUACUAAUGUUGAGCAAGCUUUCAUGGCAAUGGCUGCUGAAAUCAAGAAUAGGUACUUGAGAAAAAGAUCGUCAAAACCCUCCCAAUUAAAAAAGAUCAUCAAAACCAUGGCUGGUUCUGAUUCUCCCUGUGGAGCCUGCAAGUUCUUGAGAAGAAAAUGUGUGAGAGGGUGUAUUCUUGCGCCUUAUUUCUGCCAUGAAAAGGGAGCUACCCAUUUUUCUGCCAUCCACAAGGUUUUUGGCGCAAGCAAUGUGUCGAAGCAUUUAGCUCACCUUUCGUUGAGCGAUCGAUGCGAGGCUGCAGUGACGAUAUCAUGGGAAGCUCAAGCCAGGCUUCAAGAUCCCAUAUAUGGCUGUGUUUCACAUAUUUUUGCUCUCCAACAGCAGGUGGUCAACUUACAAGCAAAGUUAGCUUUCCUCAAGGAUCAAGCAGCUCAAAGCUUUGUCAAUGGCUCUGCUGUAGCAAACCCUAAUGAGAACAGGCAAUGGGGUUUUCAGGAUGCUGAUGAGCUUCAAUCAGUGGCUUUCAGCUACAUUCACCAGCAUUCAUGAGGUGACGGCCCAUCGAUGAGUAUAUUGGCUUUCGUGUCUACUUUUCCUCGCAAAAGCGCUUUUUUGUUGUAGUGUUGGUCUCUAGUCUUAGAGUGGAGAAAUAAUGUAACUUGGGUUUACCAAGGACAAGAUAUAUGGAGCUUGGCCUCCAGCCUUUCAAUGGAGUGUUCUUCACUUGUUUAUGUAUAUUUUUGGAUAUGUUAUGUGUACUUGAAUGACUAGUAUGCUUGUGUACUUUUGAAUGGGAGAAACUUUUAUUCGUGUCA